CAUGCGCCAUUGCUUUAUCUUUCAGUGUUGGCGUGGUUUGAUUCAAUUCCAGCAUCUUCUCCUUUUUCCAAGCUCCGGUUCAACUUCUUCACCAAGUUCUUUACUCUGCAAAUAUAUCAAGGCCAAACCAAGCUUGGAAAAAUGUUCAAAUUUUGUUCUACCUUGGUAUCCAAAAACACAGUGCAAAUUCCAUCCUUCUUUCUGCCUUAAGGUGAAUAUAUGAUAUCUAGACACAACCAGCAAUCCAAAAAGCUUAAAAAGAAUUCACCAGUUUCAUUGCUGAUGAUGGAGCAGAAACUUAACCAUCCAACAAAAGUGGAAGGACAAAAUUCUGCACCACCAAACAAUCAACAAUGAGAGACACACAAGAUGAUUAUAAGAUCCCAAAAGAAGCAGAUAAUAUUCCACUGAAACUGGAGGGUCAUUCAAGUGAUGAUCAUGAAAAACCAAAGCCUCCAUCAGCAUCAACAUCACCAGCACAAUGGUCAAGGCUUAAGGAUCCAAGGAUUGUUAGAGUUUCCAGAGCCUUUGGAGGAAAAGACAGGCACAGCAAGGUUUGCACAAUAAGAGGGUUAAGAGACAGGCGGGUGAGGCUAUCAGUGCCAACAGCUAUUCAAUUAUAUGACCUUCAAGACAGGCUAGGGCUCAACCAACCAAGCAAGGUUGUUGAUUGGUUGCUCAAUGUAGCUAAGCAUGAAAUUGAUGAACUCCCACCACUCCCAAAUUUUCCACAACCAGGCAACUUCACUUUUAGUGGCUAUCCAUCUUCUCUUAUUACUCCUCAUCAUCAUGAAGCUAACACCGCAUCUCAGAGUAAUGAACAACUACAGUUUCAUGAACGGGAAGGAACAUCUGUCAGAGGCCAAAAAAUGAGUAAGGAACAACUUUUCAACAUCAAUAGAAGUGGGAAUGUUGACCAGUGGGAAGGUUCAAGCCAAAAUUCUAUGUGGAAAUUGAAGGCUAAAGAAGUUUCAGAAGAAUUGGUCACUGAUAAAGAAAAUUGGAUGAAUAAGCAAGGAAGCAACAACAAUGAAGGUGGUAGUGCACAUGUUUUACCAAAUAAUUUACAAAGAGCCAAUCAUUAUCCUUCAUUCCUUGGCUUGUUGAAUAAUAUGCCACUUGGCUAUGCCUAUAACCAAUGGGAGAAUUCAGGUGGUGUUAAUUCUCAACUGGGAGGAAACCAUGGAUUUUCAAACCAAACAAACAUUAGUGUUGUGCCUUUCCCAUCAACAUUGGCUUUGUCAACUGGGAAUUCUCAAAUUUCACAGUCCUAUAUUCCUUCACAUGUUACAGCAAUGGAUGUGGAUCAAAGGCAAAUCAACCACUAUCAGAUGUUAAGUUUGAGUUCUCAAAAUCUGUUAGUGAAUAAUUCUCUCAAUCCAUCUUUCAGCUUGGCUAUGAUGACUCCUAGGCUUCUCCAUUCUCCCAACAGCAAUGAAAACCCAUCAUCAUCACAUAGAGACCAAGAUUUCACUUCCAAGUAACAAAGGUUAUCUAAAUUCUAGCUCUUCUAGAUGAGAACGUUUUUCCUUGAUUUAGUUACUAGAUAAUCCACUUUAUGGCGGGAUUUGAAUAAAUAUUUUGUUUGAGAAUGCAUAUGUUUUGAUUUAGCUACUGUUUUCUCUUGCUAUUAUAGGUUGCCCUUGAAUUUCCCUUUAGUUUGAAUACAUAUUCCAUAUGCAGUGAAUGGCUUUCUAAUCGUAGGAAGAUUCUGCUCUCCUAUAUGUAAUAACUUCGACAUAUGUAGAUCUGUUUACUCUCAUGCAAUGAAAUUUUUUCAAUCA